GCACAACUCCGUCGACAAACCAAUAGUAGCCUUCUCUAUAAAUGUGACUACUAACUAAAACAAAGUCGUGCUCGUUGAAAUCACAUUACUUUUCGGAGAUAAAACUCAAAUCAACAUACAUCGAUGGCACAAUCAUCUACAAUGAUCGGCGGCGACGGCAUUUAUAGCUACAAAAAGAAUUCCACGUUACAGAGGGAUGGGUUCGAAGCAGCGAAGAAGGUAAUAAACGAAGCAAUCAGCAAGAAUCUGGACAUAGAAAAGGUGUUGUCCGAAGGUUCAACCACGUUUGCGAUCGCAGACUUAGGAUGCUCGGUGGGUCCCAACACGUUCUUGGCUAUGCAAACCAUAAUCGAAACCCUACUCCAACUCCAACAACACCACCAUUCCCAUUUGGAAUUCCUAGUGUUUUUCAACGACCAGACCUCAAACGAUUUCAACACCCUCUUCGCCUCCCUCCCUCAGCCCAGGAGCUACUUCGCGGCCGCCGUGCCGGGCUCCUUCUACGGCAGGCUCUUCCCCUCUUCCUCCGUCCACGUCGCCUUCUCCUCGUCCUCCCUUCACUGGCUGUCGAGGGUGCCGCCGGCGCUGCAGCUCAGAGACUCUCCGGCGUGGAACCCCGGCAGGAUUCACUACACGGGGGCCUCCGACGCGGUGGCGAAGGCUUACGCGGAUCAGUUCGAGGAGGAUAUGGAGGUUUUCUUGAAGGCGAGGGGGGAAGAGAUUGUGGGGGGUGGGAUGGUUAUCAUCAUCAUGCCUGGUGUGCCUGAUGGACUUCUUACACAUGAUGUUGGCAUAGCUAUUACUUUUCUUGGAUGCAUUCUCAUGGACAUGGUCAAAGAGGGAGUGUUGAAGCAAGAUAAAGUGGACACAUUGAACAUUCCUCAUGUAUAUCCAAGUAUGAAGCAAAUGAGGAGAGCUGUGGAGAAAAAUGGGUGUUUCGAAAUCGUGGAAAUGGAAAUAAGGAAUGCAAGGUCAAAUCUGGACGCCCCAAUUGACAUAGAGAGCGCAGUAAUGCAUCUUAGAGCUUUGGCAGAAGCAAGUGUGGCCAAUCACUUGGGCUCUCAUGAGCUUGUGGAAGAGCUUUUCAAUCGGGCACUUCACCGCAAAGCCUUGUUUUCUCAGAUGCUGUAUUCUGCCGGAAUCCAAAUCGGUUCUCAACUUUUCGCCAUUCUCAAGCGCAAAUAAUUAUCAACUUGUUCGCUUUCUUCGUUGCAUCCUGCAUGUAUUUUACACCACUAAUACAUAUUAUAUGCAUUAUCUCAUUCUUCACAUUAUAUAGAUUACACAAAAUCUAUACCUAUUAUACAAGAGCCUUUCUAUAUCCCUGAUAUAUACUUAAUUUAAGGUCAAUUGUGUAAUUUAAUACUCUCUCUGUCCAAUUAUUGUUGGUAUGUUUUCCUUUUUGGGGUGUCUCAUUAAUAUUGUCAUGUUUCAAUUUUUGAUAAUAAUUUUACACUACAAAA